CCGUCUUCUAGCGGUGCUGCUGCCGCUACUGCUAAUGGCAAUGACAGUGUUGCUGCCGGUCACAUCGCUCGCCUGGGGAGUGCUGGCUAUUCCCGAUGUACUAGCGACGAGUACAGCGAGUAGUCUCGGCUUCCUGUUGCCCUGCAACAAGUCCGAGUCGCAGGAGAAUCUGACCGAUGACCGGCCCGAGGUGGCCAUCGCAUUCCUGGGCACCUUCAACAACAGCCGCAUGCUCGGAAAGAUGGUCUCCGGCGCCGUGCCCCUGGCCGUAUCACACAUCAACAGGGACGAUAGCCUGCUUCCGGGCUAUCGCGUCACCUUCCGGCCGGAGAACGUGGGCCAGGUGGGGACAUCGGCUGCCAUCCGUAAGAUGACGGCCCUGUGGCAGAGCGGCGUCGUGGCGUUCAUUGGACCCGACGAAAACUGCUAUGCUGAGGCACUGGUCGCUGACGCGUGGAACCUGCCCAUGAUCACAUACCGCUGCUCGGAUCUACGAGUGUCCGGCCGGUCUUUCCGGACGUUCGCCCGGACCCUGCCACCGCUGUCCAAGGUCUCCAAAUCGGUCAUCUCGCUGCUCCGUUACUACCGCUGGGACCAGGCGGUGCUGGUUGUCUCCGACCGCGGUGACAACAGGCUCAUCGCGGACGUGCUGGGUGCACAGGCGCGCGAACAUAACGUGACCGUGCAGCACACGUACUACGUUCCCAACGACUACAGGGACGACGCGAAUGGCACCAUACGACGCAUCAUCCGGGAUUCGCACACCGCCACGAGAGUGUACGUGCUUCUGGCGGAGACGGGCGUCCUCGUCGACUUCGUGCGCCUCAUGCACCAGGCUGGACUGCUGGAGGGCGGCGAGUACGUCAUCGUGUCCGUCGAGGAGGAGGACACCUACGACCGCCGGAAUAAGUACCAGUACAUGAAGAAAGACUGGGAGGACUCCUCUAUCGUGCGGCCGUUCCCGUUCCGAGCCGUGCUUCUCCUGUCGCCGCGCGUGCCAUCUGACGAGCACUACGGCCGCUUUUCGGAGGCGGUGCUCAGCUACGCCGGCACCCAGCCGCUCUGCAUACCCAUGCACACAGAGCUCAAGUUCAAGGUCCCGAUAUACGCCGGCCUGACGUACGACGCCGUGAUGCUGUGGGCCCGGGCCGCUACCCAGGUGCUGCGCGAGAACGGCUCGCUCACCAACGGCACCGCAGUAGGGCUGAAGAUACGAGGCAGCCUCUACCGAAGCGCUCUAGGUUUCGACAUCCGUGUGGACGAGAACGGCGACGCCGAGGGCAACUACACGGUGCUCGGCUUCUCGCUCCCUGGCGAUGACCACCUCACGCCGGUGGGGAGGUUCACGCUCGCAGAAAACGCCAGCUCACUCCCCGUAUUCCGACCUGACAAGCCGAUUGCGUGGUUAGGUGGCGCGCCACCCGUUGGAGAGCCCAAGUGUGGAUUCAAAAACGACAAGUGCUCAUCGAAGCAAGACUGGCGAGUCCUGGUGAUCUGCAUCACCUGCGCCUGCGUCGUGCUCGUGUUGGGUGUAUUCGCAUUCAGGCACUACCAUUACGAAUACAAGUUAGCACGGCUCUUAUGGAAGGUGGACAUGGACGAAGUGGUGGUGCUCCGAACCAACUCGGAGCUUAGUUUCCAAAAUGCAAACGGCGGCGUCUUAGAGACCACGCGCCUAGGGUUCGCCUUUCCGGACGAGCAGCAUUUGCUCAAACUACGCCGGAGGUUGCAGAGUGCCGCCCCCUGGGGUUGGGCAGCGAACGCAGCGCCAAACGCAGGGACUGCAUCGGUAGUGGCCCGCCAAGGCCACGUCGGUUUUUACAAGGGCAACGUGGUACACAUCAAGCACGUCUACAAGAAAAGUGUCGACCUCACACGCAGCAUACGCAAGGAACUGAUACAGGUGCGCGAGAUGAGGCACGAGAACAUCACGCCCUUCAUCGGCGCUUGCGUUGACCCACCGAACAUCUGCAUCCUGACCCUCUUCUGCGCCAGGGGAAGCCUCGAGGAUGUGUUGAAGAACGACGACCUCGACCUCGACAGCAUGUUCAUCUCUUCGCUCGUGGCCGACCUGAUUAAGGGCAUGAUCUAUAUCCACGACAGCGAGGUGAUGUCCCACGGCAACCUGCGCUCCUCGAACUGCUUGGUGGACUCGCGAUGGGUGCUUCAGAUCUCAGACUUUGGGCUGCACGAAUUCCGUGCGGCUCAGACUUGCGUCCCGCAGGCGGUCUCCGAGAACGCAUAUCGAGGCCUCCUGUGGCGUGCUCCUGAGCUCCUGCGCUCACCAAGUCCACCGGCGCGCGGAACGCAGAAGGGCGACGUCUAUUCCUUCGGCAUCGUGCUCUACGAGAUCAUUGGUCGCCAGGGACCAUGGGGAAACAAGGCCCCGUCGACAAACGAGGUGAUCGAGAAGGUGCGGCGGCGAGGCAGCGUCCCAUUCCGUCCCCCCGUGGACUCCCUCUCCUGCGCAGACUACGUGCUACGAUGCAUGCAAGACUGCUGGGACGAGAACCCCGACACCAGGCCUGACUUCCGAUUCAUAAACGUCAAACUGCGUCAGAUGCAAGCCGGCCUGAAGCCCAACAUCUUUGACAACAUGAUAGCCAUGAUGGAAAAGUACGCGAGCAACCUGGAGAGUCUAGUCCAAGAGCGCACCAUGCAGCUGCUCGAAGAAAAGAAGAAGACUGAACGACUCCUCCACCGUAUGCUACCAAGGUCGGUGGCCGAGCAGCUGAAGCGAGGCGAGAGAGUGGAGGCCGAGAGCUUUGACAGCGUGACCAUCUACUUCAGCGACAUUGUGGGAUUCACAGCCCUCUCUGCAGUGUCAUCGCCGCUCCAGGUGGUGGAGCUGCUGAACGACGUCUACACGUGCUUCGAUUCUAUAAUCGGCGCCUACGACGUGUACAAAGUGGAGACCAUCGGGGACGCGUACAUGGUGGUCAGUGGGCUGCCGCUCCGCAACGGGCUACGUCAUGCCGGACAGAUCGCCUCCAUGGCUCUCCAUCUGCUUGCGGCAAUCCGGUGUUUCGAGAUUCGGCAUCGUCGAGGCGAACGGCUCCAGCUGCGCGUCGGCAUUCAUUCGGGUCCCUGCGUAGCCGGUGUGGUGGGAUUGAGGAUGCCAAGGUACUGCCUCUUCGGCGACACCGUGAACACGGCCUCGCGGAUGGAGUCUACUGGAGAAGCCUUGAAGAUUCAUGUCAGCGAAGCGUGCAAGGACAUCCUGGAGAAACUUGGCGGCUACUACCUCGUCGAGCGGGGUCUCAUACCCAUAAAGGGCAAAGGAGAGAUGCGGACAUUCUGGCUUCUGGGCAAGGAAGGCGGAGACCCACCGGAGCCUGCAGCUCCUGUUGCGCCCGGACAAGGCAGCUCGGCGGCGUCGCUGGCCGAUGCCACCAACACUGGCAGCACCGAACCCCCGGCGGUCCGAGACGAGCUGCUCGCAACCCUGUGCGGACGCGGAGGCGUCGUGAGCGACGAGGCAAGCUGUUUGCUAGCCGACGGGGUUCACGACAACAACGCCAACAGCCCACGACGCUACGUCGCCGCCGCCGCUCACAAUGGCAGCUGCCUGAGCCUCUUCCACGAAUGCAAGCGCAAUCUACUCAAGGAGCUGCGCAGGGACUACUGCACCAGACCAACCGGGUACCGAUCGGCGCCGGUCAUCGUCUGCCGAGACAGACCGGCCGUCGAACCCUGCUGAGUUGGCACGGUGCGAACGCGUGUCGGUCAGUGUGUGCGCGUGUGUGUGUGUAUGUGUUCGUGUGUCCAGCGAGUACGACCACCAUACCCGCACUUGGUGCUGCUGCAUUCCGAGACAGAAACGCCGAACAGCGGGACCGCCGAUCACCGAGGAACGCACCGCAUGCCGGACAUGCGCUGUCCUAUACGGUGGUUGGCAAACAUGGCUGGUGGGACCUAACGCAACGAAAGGUUGCAUUUUGCUUCGCCGUCAGCGUGAAUGACCACCGAAACGCCGCAGAGUGAGGCCUAAGCGAACGCGUAAGGCGUCUAUUCUAGGGCACCGAAUGAACGCGGCGGCAUACCGUGUGGGCAUCGUAAAUAUAGCAGGAGGUGCAUAACUUUUCUCGCUGUAAACGACUUUCUGCGUCUCCUAUUGUUUCCAUCCCUUUACAAGAAAGCUGUGGCCCCAGCGGCGUAGUCAUUAUAUGCGAGGAACUCUAGGGUCCACGGCCAAGUAAGAAAUGGCGACAAGUUGAUGGGCGGGCGAAUAAUAAAGUCUAAUCAAACAGUUGGAGACGCACCACAUUCGUCAAGCUGAACAGCGCCAGGGCAUUAAAUUUAGGCAAAAAAAACACAUGCGCUGAAUUCUUUCGUGACUUACACUAUGGGAUUCGAAGACACUCCCUACAGGGAGUGUCUUCGAACGCAGCUUGAGCGCAGCUGUGUACGUGUUUCCAUUUGCCGAUAUAUUGAGGCAAUGAAUUGGAGACCCAAAUCACCGCACCAACCGGAAGUGGGCCAGUGCCGUCAGCGCCUUCGCAGAGGGAAAAGCAGUAUGGGAACGGUGGCAUGAUGAGCGGCAUCGAAGCCAGCUGUGGAAGACCACGCCGACGAACGCGCGAGCUGCGGCACAAGCGCGUGCGCGCGGUUACGCCGAGGGACGCCGACGCUCAACCCAGGAGUUGCGCUCUAACCCAGAGAUGCGCUCUAAAGGACGAAACGCACAAUCGCCGUUCACUGGUGUUCACUAGGCUGGAUAUGUGUUAGAAAACGUGAAAUUGUCGAACCUUUUUUAAAUGGAGUGAUAAUACGCAUUGUAUUGUAUGUGCCUGCAAAUCCAACUUCCUUCUUUCUUAUUCGUGCUUCUCAAAAAAAAUGAGAAAGGUCUACAAUGCGCAUCUGUGCGGCGACUUCUUUAAAGCAUUAAAAGCCAAC